UGAAAACGGCGUUUCUUCUUCUUCUUCGUCGUCGUGAUACGUUCACAGCUAAACUGUAAUCGUAUGUAUUUUGCGUGUAUUCGCAUAUACAUACACAUCUGGGUAUACGCAGGCGUGUGUGCGUAUAUAUAUACAGAGAUCAUUACUUCGUAAUCUGAAAGCAACCUUUUAGUUUGUCGGGGGAAUAUCGGUUUCUUUUCCUCAAUCCCAAUCAGAGAAAUUGUUUCAGACAAAUCCGUUUGGAUAUUCUUAAGAUUGCCAGAUCGCUUGGAUAAUCCUUUUUUCUUCGGGUGAAUCAGGCGGAGGUACAGCGAAUUCCAUUCCCGACAUUUGAACAUUGAUCAUGCAAAUGACAGCUUUAGGUGAGGUAAUUUCGGCUCCAGAAUCCGAUAGAGGUAAAGGUUUGGAGAUUGAGGCCUUAGAGGAUGAAAAGAUUCGAAGAACGCGUUCUAGAUCCUUGAAGAAGAAAGCCAUCAAUGCCUCAUCGAGAUUAACUCACAGUCUGAGGAAACGAGGGAAGCGUGUAGCUGAUCAAUACGCCGCAGAGAUCGUAAUCGAAGACGUGAGGGACGCGGAGGAGGAAAAGGCGGUGAAUGCGUUUCGAAAAGCUUUGAUUUCCCGGGAUUUGCUUCCUCCUCGUCACGAUGAUUACCAUACAAUGUUGAGAUUCUUGAAAGCGAGGAGAUUCGAUCUUGACAAAGCUAUGCAGAUGUGGGAAGACAUGCUGAAAUGGAGGGAAGAGAACAGAGUAGAUUCUAUCAUUCAGGAUUUUGUUUAUGAUGAAUACGAAGAAGUACAAAGAUACUAUCCUCAUGGUUACCAUGGUGUAGACAGAAAGGGGCAACCUCUCUACAUCGAGCAGCUCGGCAAGAUCAAUCCCAUAAAGCUAAUGAAGGUUACCACAGUGGACCGUUUCUUGAGAUAUCAUGUGCAGAGUUUCGAAAAGGCGUUUUCCGAAAAGUUCCCGGCAUGUUCCAUCGCGGCGAAAAGGCACAUCGAUUCUUCGACAACCAUUCUAGAUGUGCAAGGCGUGAACUGGAUGAGCUUCAGGAAACUUGCUCAUGAACUUGUGAUGCGGAUCCAGAAAAUCGACGGGGACAACUAUCCUGAGACAUUACAUCAGAUGUACAUAGUUAAUGCCGGAAGUGGAUUCAAGCUUGUUUGGAACACAGCAAAAGGCUUUCUUGAUCCUAAGACAGCAGCUAAGAUACAUGUUCUGGGCAGUAAAUUUCACGCUAAACUGCUUGAAGUUAUAGAUCAAAGUCAGCUGCCAGAUUUUCUUGGAGGAUGUUGUUCUUGCUCGAAUGAGGGUGGAUGCAUGCGAUCUGACAAAGGGCCGUGGAAAAACCCGGAAAUAAUGAAACUAGUUCGCUUGAGGGAUGCAAUGUACAUUACAAAACAAAAAAGGGUUUGGGGGGAAAGAGAUGAACAAGAUGCUAAAUUAUCGGGUUUCCGGUUGUUGCAGAAAAGCCUAAACACAGAAAUAUCAUCUCCUGGCUUUGGAACAGACUGUGGUUCCUAUACGGUGACGAGAGAUGCUACUACGCAGAGGCUGUCGAAUCUUGAACAUAAUCAAGCUGAAGCAGUUGGUAUUGUGAGAACUGAACACAAUGAUCCAACAACUCACUUGACAAGUAACCUGAUCUUGGAAAGGAGUUUGAAGAAUUCUCUUCGUCUUGUCUUCUUCCAGUUCAUUUCCUGCAUCUGUAUAGUAUUCCGGAUCUUGAGGAGGGUUGUAAAUAGACGACAGGAGAAUCAGUUGAGACCGCAGCUUCCUCCGCAUGUCCAAGGGGAAUCGCUUCAUCCAUGUUUGCAGAGGUUGCGAGAUCUCGAGACAGUGGUAACUGAAUUGGUGAAUAAACCGGCGAGGAUUCCUCCCGAGAAAGAGAAUAUGAUCCGAGAUUCGUUAGACCGCAUCAAAUCAAUCGAACAAGACCUGCAGAAGACAAGAAAGGUUCUCCUUUUAACCGCGUCAAAGCAAAUUGAACUCGCUGAGUCGCUCGAGAGCUUGAAGGUCAGCAGCAACUCCUCGGGAAUGACAUCGUGUUGGCGAAGAAGCUGCACGUAUUUCCCUCCAGAGUCCUGAAAACCUUUUUCGUCUUUUAAUUUCCCGAAAGAUACGGUCUCCCGAAACUCGGUCACUGAUGAGCUACUCGAGAUUAUCCCUCCAGCGACAUAAAACCGUAAAUAUCAGAGAUGAGAAGAUUGAGUGUUAUAUAGGAAAGCUGAGAUGGAAGAGGAAGAGGAAGAGGGAGCUUUUUUAAAGAUUGUUUCUUUGUUUGUUUGUUUGAGAUAAACAGAAAGCUUAAAAGCCAAACUGAUGGAAGCCUCCGGACAAAUGGACUUUGUUGGUUCUGUUCUGUCUUAAGCUCUCUGGUGUGUUGUAUUGUGCAUAAGCCUCCACAGACUCUUAUUCUAACAGUGUCUUUUUAUUUAAGUUAAAAGUCUUUUUAAACAGUUUC